AUAACACGUUGAGGGACCUUGAGGGACCUUGAGGGACUACGGUGUUUUGGGACCUUCAAAACCAUGAAACAUUUAGGGAUGUUGGUUAGUCGCAGCCACUUUUUUUCAACCGUGGCUGCGCAGUGCUGCGCACCAUGUGCACACAUGCUGCUUCCAUGGCCGCCCCUGCGACGUCGAUGGAUGCAAGGUCUUCGCAGUCUUGUCCUGGCCAAACUGUGCUGCCGGCGCUCCUGGUGGAACAGCAGGGAGUCCAGCAGCCGAAGAUGUUGAGUCCAUACUUUGUGCGUCCAAUGCUGCGAUCUGUUCAAAACAUUUCUGGUAUCGAAGAAUGGAAAAGCCAUGUAAAUUGCCUCAAGAUGGGCUCCUGGUUCACGAACAAGGCCAUUCCGCCUGCGAUACCUUCGGCGUCGGAGUCUCCUGUGUUGGCAAGUCCAGUGGCCUUCGAAUUCCUUGGCUGGACACAACCACAGCUACAAGUGGACUACAUCUUCCAGGUAUCCAACAUCAGUGAAAAAGUGAACCGCGUGAUAGAUGGAUCAAUGGCACCUCUGCAGCGCAACAUUGCGAGUCUGAAGUGGAGAUUUCUUGGCGACCUUCUUGCAGGUGACUGCGCGCAGUGCAAGAAAGCACUGCUUGGCAGUGACAACUUGAUGGCGCCUGGGCUGAGGCAUUCCAUGGAGCCAAGCACCAAAGAGCUGUAGAGAAAAAAACCAUUGCAAUGGUCGGAGCGCUGGUGGGA